CAGCUCCAUGUUUUCAGUUUGGUUCAUAGCGCUGCACUGAGUGGCCGAGAUUUCGUGUUAAUUGGCUGGAAACCGUUAUAAACUGACGAAUUCGGCAGGGUUCUUUUGUAGAUCGGCUUAUACUAUAUGUAUUAACUCGUUUCUGUGCUUGUUUAUUUUGCGUGUCUUGUAAAGGAGGCGAGAGGAGGGGGGAAAAAAAACCCAGAAAUGUCUGUAGAGGAAGUCAAAGAACCCCAACAACAGGAGCCUCAACAAGAAGCCAAAGAGCCAGAGCCGGCGAUCUCUUACAAAGCCAUUGUACUCACUGGCUUCGGGGGCUAUGAUAAACUAAAAGUCGAGAUCAAGAAGGAUCUCCCCACUCCUAAAUCAGGUGAAAUCCUAGUCCGAGUCAAAGCUGCUGGCUUGAAUUUUGCUGAUUUGAUGGCCAGACAGGGUCUAUAUGAUAGGCUCCCAUCUUCUCCUCCAUUGAUUCCAGGCAUGGAGUGUUCUGGUGUUGUGGAAGUGAUUGGGGACGACGUGACCGACAGAAAGGUUGGUGACAACGUGAUUGUAAUGAACAGAGCAGGAUUGUGGUCAGAGCUGGUUGUGAUUCCAGUUGGUCAUACCUUCCUAAUGCCUGAUGGGAUGGGUUUUGAAGAAGCUGCUGCUAUCCCUGUCAAUUAUAUCACUGCAUAUAUGAUGAUCUAUGACUUUGCAAAUCUGCGUCCAAACCAGAGCAUCCUCGUCCAUAUGGCAGCUGGUGGUGUGGGUACUGCUGCAACACAACUGUGUAAAAUAGUUAAAGAUGUGACCAUCUUUGGCACUGCAAUGGCAUCUAAACAUGAAACCAUCAAAGAACAUGGUGUGACUCAUCCAAUCGACUACUCCACCUUGGACUAUGCUGAAGAAGUUAGAAAGAUUUCCCCCAAUGGGGUCGACAUUGUUUUGGAUCCCCUGGGAGGAGCUGACACAACUAAAGGAUUUAAUUUGCUCAAACCGAUGGGAAAAAUUGUGUUAUAUGGGGCAGCAAACCUACUGACUGGACCAAAGCGCAAUCCAUUAGCCAUUGCAAAGAUGUGGUGGAAUAAGUUCAGUAUUAAUAGCCUGCAGUUGUUGCAUUCCAACAAAGCUGUGUGUGGCUAUCAUCUGGGCUACCUGGAGGUUGACCAGAUUAGAGAUGUUGUCACCAAGUUGCUUUCUCUGUACAAAGAAGGGAAAAUCAAACCGAGAGUGGAUUCUGUGUGGUCGUUUGAACAGAUUGGAGACGCUAUGAAGCAAAUGCAGGAGCGCAAAAACAUUGGGAAAGUCAUUCUGGUCCCAGAAGCAAAGAAGACUGAAAAUUAGUCCCAACUGUUUCAAAUAGAAGGCAGGGAAUAACAUUGUAAAUUAGCUAAAGUGCUAACCUUUUAUGACCUGAAGAUGGACGAUGACUAACUUAAGCUUGAGGCAGAGAAGCAAAUUCUGACUGCUCCUGUAAUCCAAUGUAUUUAGAGCUGGUUUGCUGCUUGCAAGAUACCAUCCUAUUAAUGGGCCUUUACAACUUUUUAUCAUUUUUCUAUCCCCAAAAUGUUCAAUUAUGAACUUGCUAAACAUCUCCAAUUGACAUAGCUCUGCCUUGGCACACUUUUGCCAAUGAUUCAAAACUGUGAAUGGUCCUUUUUUAUGGUCCAAAUGCUGCAGAUCAAAGAUCCAGAAUGAUGAAACUGGAAACAGAUUCUUGAUAUAUCCUUUUAGUCAGAGGCACAGGUUUGACCACUUGCUGUGGACAGCGUGGGUUGAUGUAGGCUGCUAUGAUGACAGCUAUGCUGGAGAUGCCCAACUUCCAGAAACUGCUGAACAUGUAAUCUGUGCAGCAAAUACCCCCCCUCCCCUUGUGUUUUCCCCUGCCUUUUUUAAUUCAAUUAUUCAUUACCACCCACAAUCCAUUUGUCCAUGUAUAAAACCUAAAGGGUUAGUACUAACUGCAUACUAUAAAGAUAGUUGAUCAGUUUGAACCUAUGGAGAUGUUAAUUGUAUUUGGGGGGUUUUAAGGGCUCUCAUUUACUUCAGUUGAUCUUUACCAUGAUUGUUGCUGGGACUGUGCACUGAUCCAGUUGAUUUGGCUCAGCAAGUGUCUAGAACCGAUGAAUAGCAAAUAUCAUUAGAACACCACUAAUUGGCAUUUUUUCAUGUAGUAAAAGCAUCAUGUAACCACUAACUACUUUCGUUGGAGUCUGAUCUUACCCCAUGAUAGAUAAUGGAGUUGGGAUCAAUAGUUUGAGCCUUUUUGGUAUAUCAGUUAAUUUAGUGUCCCAGUUUUUCCAAUGAUUAGCCAAAACCCAGUCUGGCACCAGAAUGUUUUAAAGUCACCAACUUCAAUUGGGAUGUUCUACCUAGAAUGAUCAAAUCCUAAAAGUUGUUGCACAUUCCCAGCUAUAAUCUAAUCCAAGGCAAUCAGUUUUCUUUUUGUGCUAUUUGGUCUAACCUGGAAUUAAUGUCACUCUUUCUUGCAAGGGUUUUUUUUUUUGGUCCCCUGCACUUCUGCCCUUGUCCUUUUCAAAUGGGUUGUGCUGCUUCGAGAUGCUGUGUUUAUAGGUACACUUCAAAUCCAUGCAGACCUAAUUGCACUGAUCAUGUUUCCUUGCUCUUGUUUUCAGUUUUUCUGUUUACAGCAGGUUUGUCCUCCCUGACUAGCAAAACAAAUAAUAGAAGCCGCUUUUAGUGGGUACAGGGUGCACUGGUAAAUUGUUGGGGAGGGGGACUAGUUACAGAGGGUUAAGUAUAUCCUAGAAUGAAAAUUCUGCUGACCAAAAAUUUUAGACCAUUGCCUCCAAUUGUUCAGAACCUAUCCUAUGUGCAUGCAUUGUUUUUACAUGGGGAAAUAAAACCAACCUUGAAGCUAAAUAUAGAUCCAGAUGGCUGUACACCUCCUGGAUCAACACUUUAAAUCGUAAUGUGACAUGAGGUAGUUGGUGAUCUCUUGAUCCACUAAGACCAAUGAGUUCCUCCAUGAAACUCCCUUUGCUCUGUUUACAUUACAGAAGAGCUAGAAGUGUGGAUGCUGGACCUACUGCUGAAGCUCAUUCUGCCUAUGUUUCUGCACCAGAAGCAUAGACUUGGAGUAAUAACUGCAGUGUGCAUCUAACAGUGGCACCAGCACACUUGCCUCCUGUGCUUAAGUAAUGAUUCCAACUAAAGACUCAAUCCAACACAAGUGCCAAAUUCUUGUCUUUACUUUUGGAUUAGUGCUUGGAUAAGCAUCUCUGCCUUUAUAAACUUCAUCUCCUGUAUGAGACUUGAGGCUAAAUUACAAGAUUUCAGUAGGGUUUACUCAUUAUUCUGCACAGGGCACUUGGCUGCUUAUUCAACAACCUAGUCUGAAUUUGGCAUUUUAUCUUGUGUAAAAGCAUCAAGUGUUCUUAAUCAAAAUGAAGUUGAAAAAUGGUUUAUAAUGUCAUAUGCCAGAAGUAACAGUAUAGCUAAUGGUAAGCUCUGCCUUGCAAAUCUUCAAAUGCCUGCCAAACCAGAGUACAAAUCCAGUGCCUUGAGAAGUCUCAAAUUCCAUUCUCACUGGAUAAAUCUAGUGUUUUUCCCAAGGUGAAAACUUGAAGUGCAUCUUUUUCAACAGCUAGUGAAAUGUAUUUAUUUUGUCAGUAUUAAAACUGUUCUCUGAACUUGGGACAUUAUUCUGUACAAUCUCAUGAAGCUCUAGUUCUACCCAAUUAAGCCACUCCACUUUUGAGACUCUGCUUGGGUAGCAAGGGAUCUGCCCUUGGUAUUUUACACUUUUUUUAAAAAGAUCAAAUGUUUUUUGUACCACAUCCACAGCUUUGCAUAGAAUGGAAGCCAACUUGCUUCAUAUGUGUAGACUUUGAGAAAUCAGUUGGGUUGAGCAAAUUAGCAUAUGAGCUCUCCUGGAAGUUAGUUUUCCUGUAAACAGAUGUCCCUGGUUUGAAAUCUUUAAUGUUUGGUUUUAUUGCAGCCUUGCCUAUACUGAAUGAAUGUCCAAUCUAAAACCACUUGUUUACAACUAUAAUUUUUACUAAAAUUGCAAAUCUUUGGCUGAGAUUUUCCAGCCCCAUUAUAGUGGGCACCUGCUGGAGAUUUGGCAGCCCAGCCAAAAAUCCAUUGCAUUUUGGCAGGACCAGAUGAUCCUGGUUGGAGUGGGGGGGGGGGGGGGCAUGGUUGGGGCCAGGGCCAGAAAUCCCACCCUUCAUUGUGCACAAAGGGCCAGAGAGAAGCCCCUUUCUAGAUGGAAUUAUUUGAUAGAGUCCCAGUAAGUGACUAAAGAUUGGUCAGUCUGGGCAAACAUCCUCUGUGCCUACUGUACAUCAAUGUGGUUUGCAGCAUAGUGGUGAACAAGCUUUACCCCACUGUGGCUUUUGUACAGUCAUCUUUAAAUUGUCCUAUACCUGCAGCACCAUGGAUCAAAUUGUAAAGGCAUCUUGAUUGUGAACUCUUGAAGAAUGGGUUAGGUUGAAGGAAAAUCCUUGAGAAUUAAAGGAAAGCAAGAGGUGACAGUGUAAGGAAUAAAUUGAGCUCUUCCCAAUUACACUUUGGCUAUAAAGCUUCAUUAAUUGGAUAAUCUUUUUAACUCCUUAUGUGGCCUUAUCCUUGUCCCUUUCAUGUGCUAAAUUAAUGAAGUAUUAUGUUUCUUAAUUGUGGAAAAAUUAGUUUGGACACAGAUUAAGUUUUUUGAUAAAAUGUAAUGUGAAAGGGGACAUGUCUUGUUUACCAAAUAAAAUCUACAACAUUAUAGAAAUAACUGGGGACCAAAGAGCAUUUGGAAUUGACAUAUUGCCCAAGUGGACAGAUGAGUUUUUCACUUUUUAUAGGUAGCAAGUUAGUUGGCCCAUGUCUUCUGUUUAGACAGAGGGAACAUUUUUUUAACAUGGUGACCUGUGAACUUUUUGGAACAAUUUGGGAACCAAUCAGGUUAUUUUAACAGCAACAUCUCGGGUGUUUGAAUGGUCUCAACUGUUUAUUUCACUGGCCAUUUUGUUCCACGACUUUCGAUUUAAUGACUUCAGUUAAAUAUCCAAAGUCCCCAUCCCCUUCCAUUUUACUGUGUUUGAGAAUGCUCAGUGCAGACCAUCCCAUUUUUGGAUCUCAUUGCACUACAACUGAAUCAUUUAAGAGCAUGAAUGUAGCUGACAGGGCAAUCCAUUUUUUUGCUUAAUGUUACUCUGUUCAGUAAGUUUUUUUGCUUUUUUCCACUAAAGAGUUAUCUCAGCAUAGGCCCCUCUCAGUCCCAGGCCUGUGCUAACUUAUCAUCUAGGGAGGUAAUGCAAUUAGCUUAGGCACACAAGCCAUAGGGGGCCUAAUCACCCUAUGCUCCUGAUGCAGCGUGACAACUCCUACUAGAAAGGCACUGGAUCAUGAGGCCUCCUGCAAUCAUAGUUGUCUUUUCUCUCUUUUCCAUUCUUCCCCACCACCCCACAAAUAUCCUUGAAUUAUGGGCAAAGGAAAAGAGAAAUUGGUAGUCACUCAUCUGUCCACUGAGGUUCUUUGAAACUUCACAUGCCUUAUUAAAAACUGAGCCUGAGCAACAGCUCAAAUGUCUUUAUAACUUAAUGUGCCAAUAUGACUUGAGAAAAUCAGGGGACCAGUUGAUUCUGAAUGUGAUGAGAACCAUUUUCUGUGGUUGAGCUUAAUGUCAAAAGAAAGGGACUAAUUCCAAAUAAAACUUUGUCCAUUGUCAGGAUUUAAAAGGGCCAAAUCAGCCUUCAUGUGGCUUAUGUAAACCUGCUAACUUUGAUUUUACAGUUGCAAACCCCUUUGAUUAGGGGUCAAAUGUACAUUUCUGACAGGGUUGUUCAGAUUUCAGAUAUCUAAAUUGUAAAGACCUUUUAACUUCAAGUCUGUUCAACUGCUAAACCUUUCUAUUUUGGAAGGGAAUCUUGGACAUAAGAUAUGCAUAUGGUCAUAACUAAUUAGGAUAUUUCUAGGCUUGCAUUUGAUAUCUUUGCAUUUAUUAACUGUCUAGCCUCUGGCUGACUUUCCCACAGACCAGUAUGGUAGCUACUGAAAUCAUUUAGAACAAGUUGGUCCGAAAGAGCCAUAAAACAUGCAACAUUUUUAAAGUAGUCCCUUCCCAUUAGUCUGGUCAAAUGCAAGUUGAAGAAUACAAUCUGUCGUCAGUCCUCAAGUCCAGAUGUUUAUUGGUUCCAGUGAAGCAUGCUUAUCUUUUGCUGUUCACAAACACCUAAAAAUGAUUCUCAAUAGAUGGUCUUCAAUAACACUAAAUUUUGUUACUUAAUUGUGGCACUGAUUUUGUAGGAUUUCCCCAGUGCCUAUCUUUGAUUUAUAAAUGUAGCUUUGGUGCAAAAUUACAACUGUAGUAUGGAAGCAGCCUGAAUCUGACUGAAAUGAAGCUUUAAUCUGAUUCUGCAUUUGUGCCACAUUUUCCUGUGCAAAUCAUGUGUGUAAAUUUUGUGCAAUUUCUCCCCCCCACCUGCCCUUCCACUGAACUCUUGAGCUAUGAACCCAACACUUGCCCUGCGGUUCACUGGUCACUUUGCACAUUUGAAGUGGCCAGUUUGUGAAUAUGCUUAGUGGCUUGACAAGCCUUGAUAACUCUGCUUAAUCCAUGACUACAUACAGCUGCAAGGAGCAUUCAGUCAGUAUGGCAGUUGUGACUUGCUGGCAGGAUAUGUGUAGAGGGGAAGAGUUAUUGGAAGAGGCUAGUUCCAAGUGGUCAUCUGUAGGUGGCCAAUUGUAUGGGGAAGCCUCUCGAGGCUAAGAAUUCCUGGUCAGUUUGGUUUUUAAAUUUAAAAACAUUGGCUUUCAGCCAUUUAUUGACAUUCAAAUAAUUGCCAACUGUGAUUGGUGGAUUCCACUUCUGCCAUGCAUAAGCUGUUACAAUUUUAACAUGCAACAGCAAAGGUGCAAGGAACUUAAACGAAUCUAGUUCUUGAUUUUUGCAAAGCAAACCUGCAUUAGUGUGCGUCUUCAGUGUGUAUUUGUAUAGAGACAUCAUCUGUGGAUGGAUUGAAUUUGAUUCAUUCAAUGGAUGUGGGUUUGCCCUGAUUUGCUGCAUUAGAGCAGCUUGGAGCACAGUUCUCCAGAUUUGGAGUGGGACUGGAGGCACACAGGCCAGACUGGGUAAAGACAUUUAAUUGGUUCACUGGUUUUGCCUAAAAGCAUUCACAAUGAGAAACUAUGUAGCCUUCUGUUUUUUGAGAUGAGAUGGCAUUAAUUUGUCAAACUCCCCAGUUGCCUUAGUUGAAGCACAUCAGAUAUUACCUGGCUAGGUCUGGCAUCAGUCCUCCAAUGAUGCAUUUCUGCUUGCAAACUCACUUCUGUUCCUCUGCCCCAAACAGGAUCCUCCAAUUUUUCUCAACAUAUAUUUUAAAAAAAAAAGCUUCUAAAUUCAUAAUGUGUUCUCAAAUCCCCACUAACAUUUAAGUGAACAUGGCUUUAACUGCUGAGUUUACAAGAUUGUUUGCUUGAUAUUUUAUACAGUUUACCAAGAACGGCUGUAAUUGCAAUUCACUCCUUGCCUGGAGUGGCUAGUUGAUUUGUAUAGAUGGGCAUCUGUUUUGCUCUACGCUUAGAACUUCUGUGAGGCAAACGUACCUUCCAUCUAGCAACUCAAAUCCUGUUGGGUUUGAUAAAGGGAGUUCCUUGUUUUUAUCCAGGGUAAUCUGUCAAGUUUGUUCUGAUGUACAGUAAUGCCUAACAUGGUGUACUGUACACUAGAAUUGAGAAUUUUUAAGUCCUGACUUAAACCUGUGAUCAGAAUUAAACCUAACACUUCCAGAAGAUUAGAAUGGGAACUAGUUUAUGGCAAAUGUUGAACAUUAUUGCUUUGAAGAGACUCGGUUAAAGUGAAAUUGGGGACCUUGCAUUAAGACAGUGGCUUUAUUUGGCCGCAUCUAGUCUCAAAGGGUCUUGCAACUGGAAAGUCACUGAAGGCAUGAACUGUUUUUUUUUUAAAAAAACAGGUCAAACAUUAACUGCGCUUGGUUUAUUCAGUGUUUUAAUCUUACUAAAAGCUGCUUUUUGUAUGUGUGAAACUGUGCAGUUGCUGUUUAGAUGGAUACUAAAUGUAAUGCUGUUUAUGCCAGGUGUUACCAUAUGCCUUAAAUGUUUAAUAAAAUGCAUACAUAAAACCCCAAAA